UUUCUUAUGAUCUUCUGGUGAGUAAUUAGGAACUCGAUAGAGCUUAAAGGAAAAGUUGUUAAAACUUUUCAUCUAAUGUUUAACUUUGGACGAAUGUUUAGUGAGCUUUUGGUAUAUUGAGUUGUGGCACUAUAAAAGGGAAUUGUUCUUUGACGACACGCCACAUAGUGCUCUUCAUUGUCGUCCGAAUUUCUCACUCAAGACACAAAACGUUUAACUUAUAUUGGAGAAAUGGAGUCAAAAAUUGUGAUAAUGUCCACUGUGAAGAGGCAUAUGGAGUUCUGUGGUGUUGUUAUGGGAUCAGCAGCAAAGAGAUACAUCAUGGGAACUUUUACAGUGCUCUCAUUGACUUUCUUUACAACACCUCAGGUUUUCUUUUCUUUAAAUUGAAAAGAAGAGUAUUUUUGCAUUUUUUUCUUUAUGCUUUAGGCAAUUUAUUAUGUCGUCAAUGUGGAUGAUUUGCAAGAAUCUACUGCAGCUCUCUCCGUUGUUGCGGUCAUGGUAAUUACAGCAGCUAAGCUCUACUGGCUUUUUCUCUAUACAAGUAAAUUGAGGAAUCUCUUGGUGGAAAUUCAAGAUCAUGUCAACAAACGUGUAAGAUGUGGCAAAGGACAUCACUAUCUUGAAGCGGAUCUCCUGGGAAAUAGAUUUACAAGAUCAUUUGGAAUUUUAGUUUUCAUUGCGUCUAUCCUUUAUUCCCUGAAUCCUCCGCUGCAGAUCCUUGUGCAAUAUAUGAAGGACACAGGGAAACCCUACAUUUAUAAGCUUCCUUAUCAUUUUGCGCUCGGAGUGGAUUAUUCAAUUUCACCAAAUUAUGAACUUAUUUAUACAUCAAGUUUCUUAUCCUUAAUGCCCGUUCUCAAUGCAAUGGUCUCCGCAAAUUGCCUUUUCUUCUGCUUUAGCUUACAAAUUGCAGCAUGUUUCAAGGAUCUCCAAGAAAUGGUGGAAUCUAUCGCGGAGAGAACUCUUUCACAGCAAAAAUAUUCCAUUGAAUCAGAUGACGGAGCUUCCUUGAUAAUUCUCGUCAAUGCAAAUCCUGAGGAGGAAGGAAUAUUUCACAGAAAUAUUCGAGAAUGUCUGGAGUUUCAUGCCACAAUUAUAAGGUGGAUUGAUGAGACUGGGGAAGCUCUAUCGGGAAUAAUUGCUUUUGAAUUUGCUGGAUGUAUUUUCUCAUUUUGCACUCAGGCUUUUCAGGCUGCCCUGAACAUCCAAAGUCCUGAAUUUCUCAAUAGCGUGGUAUUCUUCAUGGCUGAAGGAAUAGAAUUGUUCCUUUUUGCGGCAUUUGGAGAGAGAAUCGCUACAGAAAGUACGGCUAUUGCUGAUUCUGCCUUUGGAACUUCGUGGUAUAGGUUUCCUCCGAGACAUCGGAAAUAUUUUGGUUUAAUGAUUCAACGUGCACAGAGACCUUGCUACCUGUCGGCUCUCAAUUGGUUGCAUUGCUCCCUGGAAUCCUACAUGAAUGUCCUCAAGGCAUCAUUCUCCAUGAUGGCUCUCCUGCAGAAUCUCAACGAAAAGGGUGGUUUGAGUGCUGAGCAGGAGGCUAUCUAAUUAAGAAUAAUAAAAGUUAAGUAGCAACUAAAUUUUUGAACUAGUCCAGAAAAUAAUUACAAUUUUAAUAAUUCAAUUAGCGUGCAAUUACUCUGUUUUGUUCGAUAUUUUAAAAUGAUGGGUGAAUAAAUAUAUAAUUUCCUUAAUUGCAAGGUUGAAAAGUUAUGUUGGCUAUAUAAUCGCCUUUCUUCUUAAUGAAGCGAUUGCAGGAGCGUAAUGGCUGAUCCCGUGAAAUUGAGCACCUGAAAAUGACAACGUUAAACAUUUAAUGAGCCCCAACUUUGCCCUCCAUCUGGCAAAUUACGCUGGUAAAUGUCGCCAUAUUGCACUUAAAUAUGCCAAGUCCAUUGAAUUCAAUCGAUUUCUGACUUCGGAAUAGCAUA